AUGAGUGCGCCCCCUCCGCCCCCGCCCCAUGGCGAGAUGCCGCGGUCUGGUGGUCUUCCCCCGGGCAAAUACGACAUUUUUGUAAUUCCUGAACACUCAGCCGGCUCUGGGUUUCUCUACCUGCCCUCUCUGCAACCCAACAUCAACAGCUUCGUCGCCGGCUUUGCCUCAGCUUUGAUACUUGUUGUGCUGUGCCAGAGCAUGGCACCUGCUUUUCGCACCUGGUGGGAGAGCUUCGAAGGUCUCGGUAACAUGGGCAUAACACUGCUUAUCGUUGGCGUUGGUUUUGGUGCCUGGGCUCUCGGACGCACCCAAAAUGACACCGGCUCCUCCUCGAGGUCCAAGUCCAAGUCAUCCAGUCCUCCGCCCACCUCUGGCCCAAGUGCCGGUCCUCCUCCGGGCGGUUAUACCUCUACACCACCCCCCAACGGACCGCCGCCUCAGCCGCCACCUCAACCGCCGCCCCAACCGCCACCUCAGCAGCCGCCCCCUCAGCAACCGCCACCACAAUCACACCAACCACCCCCGCCACCUCCUCCGCAUGCGGGUGCUGAGAAGCCUCAAUCCUCUUGGCAAAGACCACCACCGCAACCAGCAAACAAGAGACCAGAGAACCCUAAACCGUCAGCUAAAGGAUCAUGGGAGAAGGCACGAGACGAUAUGAGAAGAAAGGAAGAGGAACGAAAAGCAAAAGAAGCUGAGCUGAAGCGUCGUGAGGAGCUUGCCAAACGUUUAGCAGAGCUCCGUGCCAAGGAGGCCAAGGAGAGAAUAGAACGAGAAAAGGAGAAGCAGCGAAAAGACAAGGAAAUUGCCGACAAAAAGGAAAAGGAAGCCCAGGCAGCUGCAGUAAAGGUCGCAGCGGCCAAGGCUGCGGAGGCCAACGCUGCUGCGGCGAAAGCAAAGGCUGCAGCACCGCCGCCUCCUCCAUCACAAGCACCAUCCCAAUCAUCAACACAGGCAGUACCGCCAACAACGAAUCGUGGUGGAAGCAGUUAUGCGUUCUCUGGUGUUGGGGAAAAGAUGAGCAUGUGGCCCAAUGGAAAACCUCCAGUGCCACCAAGCUCAACCACCACGAAAGCGCCUCCGACCUCGCCCAAACCCCCACCAGCCCCGACGGCGAAGACGUAUGUCGGUGAUGAAGAAUUCUCCUACCGCCCGUACGAUAAGGCGAGGAGACAGCAGCGAAGAAACUCUGGGGGUUCCAUGGCCUCGGAUGGUUCAUGGACACCCUCUCACACAACAGCCCGCACUUCGCCUCCGCCUUCGAUGCGUGGUCCGUACACGACGAAAGAUCCAGACAAGAUUGUCAUACAGGCUGUCUACCUGUUUAUGAACCAAUAUGCCAAGACGCCUGCGAGCCAGCUCAUCUCGGGCGUGGGCUCCGUCACGGACGGUUUAAUCUUGCGCAUCACCACUGAAGGCCUGUUUAUUGACGAUGACGUUCGCGGCGUGCCACAACGCGAAUGGGACGUCAAGGCAUGGACCCUCAAGUUGGUCGAGGUAUGGUGCCCCCCGCACUGUUUGAAUUAUGCGUCUGCUUCGAUUCCCAAUCCCAACAACAAGAGUGCGAAUUUGCUUUACAAGAUGGCAACAGGCCGUGCACGUGCAAGCGACAGGGACCCCAACAAGCCUUUCAUGGGCGAAGAUGCGGAUGUCUACCUGACUGACAUGCUCAAGGCGUGCAAGGACUGUUGCCGUCUCGGCCUUUGCGAACAAAAAUUUGGUAACACUAACACUUCUUCGACUGGUCAGUCGGGCGAGUGGAAAGCCCGAGGGCUUCAUUUGCUCCGCACGACAGUUCGUGACCAGGACGGUAAGCGAUAUCUCUUUGUCAUCGACGAAACCGAGUACUGGAAGGUUGGCGCAUCCCUCCAGCGCCUGCGCCGCGGCGCUCAAGCACGGCAACUGGGCGUCUGCAGCAUGACGGCGUCUGAAUCGAAGAAUACCUUGGAGACGCUGGGGUGGGCAGCCUAG